UAAUAAAUAUUGACAAAAUACACGUGUGCUAAUGAAAUUUAUAAAUUUACAGCUAAUGAAAUAAAUAAGGGUUGCAUUCAUUGAAAUAAUUGUAAUGCCGAAGCAGAAGUUGUUUGAUGAAGAUUCAGCGGAUGAGGUCACAUUUAAAACUGAAAAUGAAUACGCAAAGAAGUACGAUUCGUGGCGUGAGAAGGAAGAAUUACAUAAAUUGGAACAAAAAUAUGGAGACAAGGUGCUCAGCUCUGAUAUCCUAAUGUCUUCGGAUAGUGAAGAUGAAAGUGAUGGGCCACCCGAGGUGUCUGAGGAAAUGGAGAGACAAUUCCUUAAAACUCUUGCACUACUGAAAACUAAAGAUCCCAGAAUAUAUAAUCCAAGCUUUAAAUUCUUUGAAAGUGCUGAAACAAAAGAGCCAGAAAAGGAGCCUAAGACAAAAACUUUAACAUUUGCUGACAGUGAUGAUGAUGACGACGAGGAUGAUGGCAAAAUAUUCACUAUUGAAAAGAAAGCACUAGAACUUGAUACAACAGAAGAUAAACCUGAAAAUAAUAUCAACCAUAUUUCUGAAGAAGGUAAACUAAAAGACUAUCUAACAGGCAAAUCAGAGCACAUAGACAAUGCAGUAGAGCAAGAACUGGCACCAUUGAAAGCUUUGUGGUCUGAUCCUAACUUAAAUGAAGGGGAGGCCUUCUUGAGAGAUUAUAUACUUAAUAAAAAAUAUUUGGAUGAGGGAGAUGUAGGAGAAACAUUAGACAAGGUUCGAGAUGAUGAUGAUCUGGAGGCGGAUGAGAAGAUGGUUGAGGAACAGGGCAAGUUCGAGAGAGCAUACAACUUUAGGUUUGAAGAACCCGACCAAGAGUAUCUCAAACGUUUCCCGCGCACAAUGAACUACACGCGGCCCAAAGACGACCGCCGAUCUCGCAAACGUGCCGAGACCAAAACCAGGAAAGAGGAGGAGAAAAAGAAAAAAAUGGAAGAGAUAGCCAGACUGAAGGCUCUCAAACUUAAAGAAUUGCAAGAGAAAAUGGCCAAGAUAAAAGAAGUCACCGGGAAUGAGGAUUUGGCGUUCACCGAGGAGGACGUGGAGGGCGAGUGGGAGCCGGCGCAGCACGACCGCCGCAUGGCCGCGCUGUUCGACCAGCACUACUACGCACGCCCCGACGCGCGCCGCCCCCCCGCCUGCCCCGCCCUCGACCUCGAGCUGGAGAUAGAGAAUUGGGAGAACUACGAGCCGGAGGGUGGAGCGUCGCACCCUGCGCCGCACGACGCGCCGCACUGCGAGGACCCCGACUUCAACAUGGACGCGGACUACGAUCCGAACGAAGCCAGGACGAACCUUGUAGAAGAAAUAAAACGCAACCUCGGCAACAAACGAAGGAACAGAAAGAAAAAGUCCAAACUGGCGGAGCUGUUGUCCGGGGAGCGGCCCACGUACGUGCCGGGGGACCUGCCCUACGCGCGCUUCAUGGAGCAGUACUACGGCAUGGACUGCGAGGACGUCAUCGCCGGCGACCUGCCCACGCGCUUCAAGUACCGACAAGUGCUGCCCAACGACUUCGGGCUGUCGGUGGAGGAGAUUCUUCUGGCAGACGACAAAGAGCUCACGCAGUGGGUGCCGCUCAAGAAGAUAGUCAAGUAUCGACCUCAACACGUGGAGAAGGGAGACCUCAAUACCUACGCAGCGAAAGCGGCCGAUAUCAACUUGAAGAAGAAAAUAUUACCGAGUCUCUUCAAGGAUUUACCCGAGGAGCCAGAAGUAAUCAUACCAGAGCAGAAAGUCAACAAAAAGAAAAAGAAGAAGAAGAAAGAUAAAAGUAAACAACAUAAUGCUGAAAAUGUCGCAGAUGAAAGUGGCCACUCUGUGCACGAGAACGGAGAGCACAAUAAUACACAGAAUGCAGAGGAACAGGUACUAGAUAACAACGAAGAACCUACUUCUUGUCAUAUAAAAGGAAACAGAAACAAAAAGAAGAAUAAAGCACAGGACGAAUAUAUAGAAGACACCACUGAAAAUGUUGCAGAAGGUAACAUAAAAAUAGAACUUAGUUCUACUAAAGUAGGAGUCGAAGAUAAUGUCAUCAAGAAGAAAAAGAAAUCUAAACACAACAGUAACAACUUCACUGUUGAGGACAUCACCGCCGCGCAGCCGAGCCAGCUGGGCGGCCCGCCCCCGCACAGGGCUGCCAAGAGGGAGCUCCGCGGGCUGCCGGACUGCAAUGAGCCUUGUGCAAAGAAAACAAAACUCCAAAAUAUCAAACAUAAAAAUAAUUUUAAAUCUAAAUUUAACCAAAAUAGACACAGCGAUAAAUUAGAAAAUAUUUCCGACAACAGACUAAAAGCUUACGGAUUGAACCCGAAGAAGUACAGGAAUUUCUUGAAAUAUAAAAAAUUUUAAAAGUUUGUGAGGUGAUUCCAUCCAAGCAAACUGUGCUCGCUCCAGCGCGCCGCUCUCCGCACACACCCUCGGGGAUUAUUAUAACCGAUAAUAAUGUUCUUUUUUUUUCAUAGUUAAGUGAACAACAAUAUUAUUAUGACCAAUAUAAAGGUUAAAAUAUUUUAGCUUGGCAACUUUUAUGUAAUGAAAUUGUUCAAUGAUACGGUGUACAUCAUGUAAAUAGAAUAAUUUUACAA